AUGGCGGCGGAGCGGAGAGCCCGGCGACUCCUCAGCACCUUCUCCUUCUGGCUCUGCUGCCUGCUGCUGCUCGAGCGCCGGGCGUCGGGCGCCGCGGCCGCCAGGAGCGGCUCCCCGCCGCAAUCCCCAGGAUCCAGCAUUCGGACAUUCACUCCAUUUUAUUUUUUGGUGGAACCAGUGGAUACCCUCUCAAUUAGAGGCUCUUCUGGUAUACUAAACUGUUCAGCAUAUUCUGAACCUUCUCCAAAAAUUGAAUGGAAAAAAGAUGGAACUUUUUUAAACUUAGUGUCAGACGAUCGACGCCAGCUUCUCCCAGAUGGAUCUUUAUUUAUUAGCAAUGUGGUGCAUUCCAAACACAAUAAACCUGAUGAAGGUUAUUAUCAGUGUGUGGCCACUGUUGAGAGUCUUGGAACUAUUGUCAGCAGAACAGCCAAGCUCACAGUAGCAGGUCUUCCAAGAUUUUCCAGCCAACCAGAACCUUCUUCGGUUUAUGUUGGGAACAGUGCAAUUCUGAAUUGUGAAGUUAAUGCAGAUUUGGUCCCAUUUGUGAGGUGGGAACAGAACAGACAGCCUCUUCUUCUGGAUGAUAGACUUACCAAACUUCCAAGUGGAACACUAGUUAUCAGCAACGCAACUGAAGGAGAUGGGGGACUCUAUCGCUGCAUAGUUGAAAGUGGUGGGCCACCAAAGUAUAGUGAUGAAGUUGAAUUAAAAGUUCUUCCAGAUCCUGAGGUUACAUCAAACUUGGUAUUUUUGAAACAACCUUCUUCCUUAGUCAGAGUCAUUGGUCAGAGUGCAGUGUUACCAUGUGUUGCUUCAGGACUUCCUACUCCAACCAUUAGAUGGAUGAAAAAUGAGGAAGCGCUUGACACAGAAAGCUCUGAAAGAUUGGUACUGCUGGCAGGUGGUAGUCUGGAGAUCAGUGACGUCACCGAGGAUGAUGCUGGCAUUUACUUUUGUAUAGCUGAUAAUGGAAAUGAGACCAUUGAAGCUCAAGCAGAGCUUACAGUACAAGCUCAACCUGAAUUCCUGAAGCAGCCUACUAAUAUAUAUGCUCAUGAAUCUAUGGAUAUUGUAUUUGAAUGUGAAGUGACUGGGAAGCCAACUCCAACUGUGAAGUGGGUCAAGAAUGGGGAUAUGGUUAUCCCAAGUGAUUACUUUAAGAUUGUAAAGGAACAUAAUCUUCAAGUUUUGGGUCUGGUGAAAUCAGAUGAAGGGUUCUAUCAGUGCAUUGCUGAAAAUGAUGUUGGAAAUGCACAAGCUGGAGCCCAACUGAUAAUCCUUGAACAUGAUGUUGCCAUCCCAACAUUACCUCCCACUUCACUGACCAGUGCCACUACUGACCAUCUAGCACCAGCCACAACUGGACCACUGCCUUCAGCUCCUCGGGAUGUCGUGGCCUCCUUGGUCUCUACCCGCUUCAUCAAAUUGACAUGGCGGACACCUGCAUCAGAUCCUCAUGGGGACAACCUUACCUACUCUGUCUUCUACACCAAGGAAGGGAUUGCUAGGGAACGUGUUGAAAAUACCAGUCACCCCGGAGAAAUGCAGGUAACCAUCCAAAACCUAAUGCCAGCGACUGUGUACAUCUUUAGAGUUAUGGCUCAAAAUAAACAUGGCUCCGGAGAGAGUUCAGCUCCACUACGAGUAGAAACACAGCCUGAGGUUCAGCUCCCUGGCCCAGCACCUAACAUCCGAGCGUAUGCAACUUCACCUACUUCCAUUACUGUCACCUGGGAAACACCAUUGUCUGGAAAUGGGGAAAUUCAGAAUUACAAACUGUACUACAUGGAAAAAGGAACUGAUAAAGAACAGGAUGUUGAUGUUUCAAGUCACUCCCACACCAUUAACGGGUUGAAAAAAUAUACAGAGUAUAGUUUCCGAGUGGUGGCCUACAAUAAACAUGGUCCUGGAGUCUCCACACAAGAUGUUGCUGUUCGAACAUUUUCAGAUGUUCCCAGUGCUGCUCCUCAGAAUCUGUCUUUAGAAGUAAGAAAUUCAAAGAGUAUUGUGAUUCACUGGCAGCCGCCUCCUCCAGCCACACAAAAUGGGCAGAUCACUGGCUACAGGGUUCGCUACCGAAAGGCCUCCCGAAAGAGCGAUGUCACUGAGACUUUGGUGACUGGGACACAGCUGUCACAGCUGAUUGAAGGUCUUGAUCGGGGGACUGAAUAUAAUUUCCGGGUGGCUGCUCUAACAAUCAAUGGUACAGGCCCUGCUACUGACUGGCUGUCUGCUGAAACUUUUGAAAGUGACUUAGAUGAAACUCGUGUCCCUGAAGUGCCUAGUUCUCUUCACGUCCGCCCACUUGUCACUAGCAUCGUAGUAAGCUGGACACCUCCGGAGAAUCAGAACAUUGUGGUCAGAGGUUAUGCCAUUGGUUAUGGCAUUGGCAGCCCUCAUGCCCAGACCAUAAAAGUGGACUAUAAACAGCGCUAUUACACCAUCGAAAAUCUGGAUCCCAGCUCUCACUAUGUGAUUACCCUGAAAGCAUUUAACAAUGUGGGUGAAGGUAUCCCCCUCUAUGAGAGUGCUGUGACCAGACCUCACACAGUGCCAGAUCCUACUCCCAUGAUGCCACCCGUGGGAGUUCAGGCUUCCAUUCUGAGUCAUGACACCAUAAGGAUUACAUGGGCAGACAACUCACUGCCCAAACACCAGAAGAUUACAGACUCCCGAUACUACACAGUCCGAUGGAAAACCAACAUCCCAGCAAACACCAAGUAUAAGAAUGCUAAUGCAACGACUUUGAGUUAUUUGGUGACUGGUUUAAAACCAAAUACACUCUAUGAAUUCUCUGUGAUGGUGACGAAAGGUCGAAGAUCAAGCACAUGGAGUAUGACAGCACAUGGGACCACUUUUGAAUCAGCUCCUGCUUCUCCACCCAAGGAUGUGACAGUUGUGAGUAAAGAGGGAAAACCUAGGACCAUAAUUGUAAAUUGGCAGCCUCCCUCUGAAGCCAAUGGCAAAAUUACAGGUUACAUCAUAUAUUACAGUACGGACGUGAAUGCAGAGAUACACGACUGGGUUAUUGAGCCUGUUGUGGGAAACAGGCUGACUCACCAGAUACAAGAAUUAACACUUGACACACCAUACUACUUCAAAAUCCAAGCUCGGAACUCAAAGGGCAUGGGGCCCAUGUCUGAAGCUGUCCAGUUCAGAACACCCAAAGCGGACUCCUCUGAUAAAAUGGCUAAUGAUCAAGCCUCAGGGUCUGCAGGGAAAGGAAGCCGUCUGCCAGACCUAGGAUCCGACUACAAACCUCCGAUGAGCGGCAGUAACAGCCCUCAUGGAAGCCCCACCUCUCCUCUAGACAGUAACAUGCUGCUGGUCAUCAUCGUUUCCGUUGGCGUCAUCACCAUCGUGGUGGUCGUGAUCAUCGCUGUCUUUUGCACCAGGCGUACCACUUCUCACCAGAAAAAGAAACGAGCUGCUUGCAAAUCAGUGAAUGGCUCCCACAAGUACAAAGGGAACUCCAAGGAUGUCAAACCCCCAGACCUCUGGAUCCAUCAUGAGAGACUGGAGCUGAAACCCAUUGAUAAGUCUCCAGACCCAAACCCCAUCAUGACUGAUACUCCAAUUCCUCGUAACUCUCAAGAUAUCACACCGGUUGACAAUUCCAUGGACAGCAACAUCCAUCAAAGGCGGAAUUCAUAUAGAGGGCAUGAAUCAGAGGACAGCAUGUCUACACUGGCUGGAAGGCGGGGAAUGAGACCAAAAAUGAUGAUGCCCUUUGACUCCCAGCCACCCCAGCCUGUGAUUAGUGCCCAUCCCAUCCAUUCCCUCGAUAACCCUCACCAUCAUUUCCACUCCAGCAGCCUCGCUUCUCCAGCUCGCAGUCAUCUCUACCACCCGGGCAGCUCAUGGCCCAUUGGCACAUCCAUGUCCCUUUCAGACAGGGCCAAUUCCACAGAAUCUGUUCGAAACACCCCCAGCACUGACACCAUGCCAGCCUCCUCGUCUCAGACAUGCUGUGCUGAUCACCAGGAUCCUGAAGGUGCUACCAGCUCCUCUUACUUGGCCAGCUCCCAAGAGGAAGAUUCAGGCCAGAGUCUUCCUACAGCCCACGUUCGCCCUUCCCACCCACUGAAGAGCUUUGCUGUGCCUGCAAUCCCUCCCCCAGGUCCUCCCACCUAUGAUCCAGCGUUGCCAAGCACACCGUUACUAUCCCAGCAAGCUCUAAAUCAUCACAUUCACUCGGUGAAGACGGCCUCCAUUGGGACUUUAGGAAGGAGCCGGCCUCCUAUGCCAGUGGUGGUUCCCAGUGCCCCUGAAGUGCAGGAGACCACAAGGAUGCUGGAAGACUCCGAGAGUAGCUAUGAACCAGAUGAGCUGACCAAAGAGAUGGCCCACCUGGAAGGACUGAUGAAGGACCUAAAUGCCAUCACGACAGCAUGACGACCUUGACCGGGACGUGACUCCAGACCUGAGUCUAGAAGUCUUGGGACUUAGCCUUGAAAACAAGGAGUUGUACAGAGCACGAGAGGACAGCACUUGAAAACACAGAGUGAGCAGGCCGCCCGGCCAGCACCCCCGCGUGGGGCCAGCUCCAGGCCUGGCCGCCUGCCUUCUCCUGGUCGGCCUGGAAGACGCCGUGUCAAGGCAGCUUCCCUUUGCCUGCCGAUACCCUGCAGGACUGGGCACCAUGGGCCAAAAUUUUGUGUCCAGGGAAGAGGCAAGAAGUGCAACCUCUGUUUCACUUUGUGGUCAGGCUGCGUCUUCAUGCUGCGACGGCAUCGCCUUUAUGGAGUGUAGACGUUGGCAUUUAUGUACAAUUUUAUUUGUGUCCUAUUUUAUUUUACCUUCAAAAGAAAAACACUAUCGAAACCCAAGGAAGUCUGUGGUGUUCUCCACAAGUGGUUGACGUUUGACUACUUGUUUGAAUUAUGUCUGGAAAGUCAUUGACAGUGUGGGUUGUUCCAGGGGUUGGCGUGUUUUGUGUUUUUGUUUUUAUUUUUGAUUCUGAGUCAUUGCAUCCUCUACCAGCUGUUAAUCCAUCACUUUGAGAGGGGGGAGGAAAUGUUGCAUUGCUGUUUGUAAGCUUUUUUAUUUUUUUUAUUAUAAUUAUUAAAGGCCUGACUUUCUCCUCUCAUCACUGUGAGAUUACAGAUCUAUCUGAAUGAAAUGUAACAUUGAAAAGACUUGUUUGUUGCUUUCUGUG